AUGUAUGCCUAUCAUGGGGUGGCAAAUCCAACUGUUGGCAACAAUGUCAAUGCCAACACAUUUGAACUCAGAAGAGGACUACUUCAGAUAGCUGAGAACAAUGCUUUCAGAGGCCGACCCACCAAGGAUCCUAACAAGCAUCUCACUAAAUUCAUCCAGAUCUGCAACACGACGAAGAUAAAUGGAGUCACAGAUGAGCAGAUCAGACUAAGGGUGUUUCCUUUCUCUCUGGAGGAUGAUGCCAAGGAUUGGCUGAACAGUAUGGAGCCCAACUCCAUUCGUACGUGGGAGGCAAUGGUGGAAAAGUUCUUAGAAAAAUACUACCCACCGAGUGAGGCGUUGAAGAGGCAGUCGGAAAUCAUUUCUUUUGAGAUGACUCCCCAAGAGAGUAUUCGAGGAGCUUGGGAAAGAUUUAAGGGACUGAUGAAGAGGUGCCCCAACCAUGGAUUGAAUCCGACGCAUCAAGUCCUAGCAUUCUAUAGGGGGUGCCUGCCUGAAGCAAAGAGGGAACUAAAUUUGAGUGCAGGGGGAUCACUGCUAAAGAAGGGAGAAGCAGAGGCCAUGGAGGUGAUUGAGAAAGUGACAUCUAAUGAUGAAGGCUGGAACAACGAGAGGAGUAGAGUGCACAGGGUAGCUUCUGCCACAGAGAGUAGCCAAAUGGACAGUAUGUACAAACAGAUGGAGCUCCUCCACAAGAACUACUACAACAACUCCUGCCCUAAUCAAGGGGGUGGAUGUUACAAUCAGUUUGGGAACAAGGCGCAUUCUAAUCUGUCGUAUGGGAACCCCAACAAUUCCCUGCAGCCACCACCGGGGUUCACAGUUUCCCAAGGUAUGCUCACUGAGCCGCAGAAGAAAAGUACAGAAGAUAUACUGAGUGCAUUCAUGUUACAGUCACACAAGAACAUGGAGCAUACCAACCAAAGGCUGGAGAAGGUUGAGAAUGAUGUCCAUAGCAUGACAGUACAUAUGAAGGGCCUAGAGAUGCAGAUGAGUCAGAUUGCUCAAGCUGUGAGCAGUCAGCAUAAGCCAGAGCAGUUCCCAGGACAGUCAAAUGUGAACCCCAAAGAUUGCAAGGCAAUCUACUUAAGGAGUGGGACAAGCUAUGAGAGUUCUCCUAUGCCCGAAGUGGAAGCUAAGGGAGUACCCGACACGAAAGAAGAAGAAGAGAUGGAGAUGGAAUCGCCUCCUAUGCAAUCCGAGGUUCAACCCGAGGCAAUUGCUUCCCCCACACCAAAAGAGGUUAAAAUUCCUUUUCCUCAAGUGGUGCAAAAGAAGAAGUUGGACGAGAAGCUUGUUAAGUUCCUUGAGAUCUUCAAGAGAGUGCAUCUCAAUAUUCCUCUUAUUGAGGCUCUCCAACAAAUGCCCGGCUACCUCAAGUUUUUGAAUGAAAUUGUGUCCAAGAAGAAGAGGUUGGUUGAUUAUGAAACCGUGAAUUUGACCGAGAAUUGUAGUGCAAUCAUCCAACAAAAGAUGCCGGCAAAGAUGAAAGAUCCGGGGAGCUUCAACAUUUCUUGUGUGAUCGGGAAUGAUAGGCAAACUAAGGCCUUGUGUGACUUGGGGGCAAGCAUAAAUCUCAUGCCUUUAAGCUUCUUCCGGAAGUUGAAGUUUGGUGUCUUGAAGCCAACUACAUUUACCCUUCAAAUGGCAGAUAAAUCCGUCAAAUACCCGAAUGGACUUCUUGAGAAUGUUUUAGUAAGGGUAAAUGAUUUUAUCUUCCCCGUGGGUUUUGUUGUUUUGGACAUGAAGGAGGAUCCAAAUGUCCCUCUCAUCCUUGGAAGACCAUUCCUAGCAACUGGAAAAGCUCUAAUUGACGUCACUAAGGGAGAACUCACCCUUAGGCAUGGAAACAAGAUGGUCAUUCUCUCCUUGUUGGACAAGAUGAAACGUCAUGAAGUGGAAGAGUCCAAGAGAGUGGAAGAGGUGCCCUUAAAAGUUGAAGAGUGCAAGAUGAUACAAGCGGCACAUGUGAUGGCUAGGGAUGAUGAGGUUGAGAAUCCUUUGGAGGAAAUAUUUAUGCCAGAAUGGAUGUUUGAAGAUGAACAAGGAUUGUGGGGUAAAAAGAUGAAGGUUUGCCAAAGUGGAAAUUGGAAUACCUAA